AUGGAAGCCGAGGGUUUCUCGUCCCUGACAAUCUUCAUCCUUGUGCUCCUCUCACUAAUUGCCCUCUUCGCAGUUCUUGGCAAUGGGUUUGUUCUUGGUGUCGUUGCCCGGUUUGAGAAGCUUCGCACCUUUCCAAACAUUCUGAUUGCUAAUCUGGCGUUGGCCGACCUUAUGAACGCGCUCGUCAACAUACCUAUCUACGUGCUUUGGGCCGUCUUGAAUGUCAAAUGGUUUAGUGGAAAGACUUCAACGAUUAUUUCACUGUUUCUGUCCCACUUGUUUAUCCUCGUCAACGUUGUCUGCAUGUUGGUGCUGUUGGUAAACGUGUUUCUGGCGAUAGCGCUGGACCUGAGAUAUUUCACAUGGAAGACGGAUAAAAAAGCUUUAGCGAUAGACCUAGCUGUGUGGUUGGUCUGUCUUACCAGCACUGGUUUGUUAUCGUGGUCCAUCUCUGAUAUUGAUCUUCAAGAUGCUUCUGUUUUCAAAUAUCGUCGUUCCUUUGUUACGGAAGCCAAAUUUAUUUCCUCAGCCAUUGGCGCAACGUUCGUUGUCACUGCAGUGGUAUUUGGUGUCCUUGCCUUCUGCUCAAUUAAAAGGAAGGUUCGGAAGGUGAGUGGAAGGGUCUCUACCAAGCAAGCUCUAGGCCUAUAUUUAGCAAAACAAAAGUCUUUCGAUUUGAAAGUUCUUCUUAGUCAAAAAACAUGAUACAAAUACAUUUUUUCCUACAAAUAAAACUAUAGAGGGGUCAAUCGGAACUUUGUGUUCAAUUUCCAGCAUUCUCGCUAGAAUUUGAGGGCAGUUUUCUAAAUCAAAGCUCCCAAUUUAAGAACAAAGCAGAGACAUUUAAGUCUUUUACUUACCCGUUCUGACUGUAGCAACACGCUGACACGCUCUAAAAGCGAUUCAACAUUUUCGUAACGGAUCAUGAAAAAUUUUUCUCAUUAUUUUGGGGGCUAGCGCUAUUUUUAAGGCUUCUUUCCCAGAAUCUUAGGCCCGAAUUUCACAAAGCAAUUUAAAAAGGCUCUCAGCAAGCUUGCAAAGUCUCAGAUGAAUUAUCAUAUCACCCCCUUUUACUCGAGCUUCCGUAGGAGCGCCAGAGCCUUAAAAAGUAAACCAAAAAGGGAAUCGUGGUCACAGGCUUUCCUAAUCGGAAAACGUGGAUCGCGACAUAACAUAAAAUUUCAAAACGCCAUGUUUUGUGAAGAAAGGUUUAGAAAGAUUAAUACAAAAAAUGUCGAGCUUCAGUCCGUAACCUGCAUAGCUGGCAGUUUCUCGUCCUCCUUAUACACAUAGUAUGCACGCCCGCACCCAGUCUCCUCACAGUUAAUCGCCUCCUCCUUUCUUAUCUGGUAUCCAAGGAAGCUCGAGUUAACGCCUGAACAGCGUCUUGUUAUUUUCCGUUCCUGGAAAUGUGUUUCCUCGAUCGGUUAAGAGCUUAAUAACCGCCCUACCCUCUAAUCUUCCGUUUUGGGGUUAAAUGGGAGAUCAAGCUAUACUUGCCUUAAUAAAUAACUUUAAAAGUGACCCACGAAUUUUGGAGAGGCUUGUCUAGUAUUUCUAAUCGUAUCAAAUUAUAUCAACAAGAUAUUAUUUGUUUUGAUUAACGAACGUUACUUAUCUCUAUCCGACCUCUUGAGGAGAAAGUGCAAAGAAUAGGCAGCACAUAUCGGUAAAAUAGCGGUCAGUCAAGCAGAAUUUAGUUAAAUUUAAGAACUUUCGACUCGUUGUCACGAAAUAAACUAACGUGGUCCUUAUUCAACAAUCCUUAAAAUACACUGCAAUCAAAUAAUGAUAAAUUGUCUAUGGCGUUGUAUUUAUAGAGAAAGCAGUUUAAUCUGCCUCGACUCCAGGCAGAGGCCAGGCUUCAACUGGAUAUCCAGGCUGCCAAGACUGUUGCCUUUACAAUACUAGCAUUCUUUGUUUGUCACAUUCCCCCCGUCUGCAUUGCAAUCUUGGUUCCCCCCCAACCCGAUGUCACCGCUGCCAGUUGGCCUGGUCAUGUGGCCCAGCUUAGCUUAUUCCUGUCCAGCGGGAUGAAUCCUGUUAUCUACUGUUUCCGAGCCAGAAGGUUUCGCCGAGCACUGAAACAGCUUCUUCAAGAUCCCUGUGGAAAAACCGCUUUCCGAGAAACAGACCAAGAGAAAAGAGUCCAACAGAAUGUUCCACCUCAGAAUACAAGAGUAGCCGAAAAAGGCAAAAAAAUUGCGAAUGAACUUGGCGAGCCAAUGCAAGAUCCAUCAGCUUUCCCAUCCAAUAGCUACACACGUCAACUGGGUCUCGGAGUACGAGGCUGUAAGAAGGUGGAAAACAGUGGGAGGAAAGGAAAAGAGAGAAGAGCGCGCUCUUGCAAUCAGGUCACGCCCUUCUCUCCACAAGAUGUAGAACCUCAGAUCAUCCCAAGGUUAGCUUGGGUUGAUAACCACCCCGCAGACUCUUCAGGGAUACGCUCCGAUGAAAAAAAUCCAACAUGCAGAGAGGAUUAUACACAAAAUAAAAUAACUGUGGAGGUACAUCCAGAACCUAAAAAUCUCACAACACCUAAUGAGAACGGUUCCAAGGGGAAAGAAGUCUUUGCAAUGGUUCAGUCUGAUUCCAGGGACAGUCAAUCAAAUCAUAAAGUGAUAAAAAGUCCAAUGGUUACUGUAGAUUACCAUGGACACGCCAUUGUGGAGAUGCCUGAAACAGAUCCUGUGAGCCAUUUAUCAAACCCCAUAAUUAUGGACAGUCCUGAAACUAAUGAGGACAAUGCAAGAGAAGUUAUCGCAGAAGUUAAUUCAAGUUCAACAGACGACCCAUCCCAGGAGAAAAUUGCAGAAAGUCCAGCUGCCUGUGCCGAUUACGGAACACGGAUCACCUCAGAUACUAAAGAACAACCAGUAAACCAGGAAAACGUGGAAAUUCAACUAGAUUUCUCGGAGGAAGUCUUUGUAGAGGACAAUUCAUUAGCCUAG